GAAUUCUAAUGAAUAAAUAAACUAAACAGUGAUUUAAGCCUUUCCAAAGUAGUAUAUUUAAAAAAUUAAUUCCAAGAUGAUUAAAAGACCCAAACCUGGUGAAACAGAGGAAGAUAUACUUCGCAUGCAGCAAGAAUUUCUUUCGCAGAAGGCCAAAAAUCCCAAAUUGCAACCGGCUGCAACAAUGGUGAAAAUUAACAGACCUCCCAAGCAGUCGCUGUUUGCCAAAUCUAGGCAACAAAAUCAAGCCUCAGUUGAGCCACCACAAGAUGCGCGAAUCAAUGAUAACUCAAAACGGAUUUAUCAAGAAAUCCAUGAAAAGAUUGUUGGCGAUGGGGCAGACGAUAGUUCAAGUAAAACCCUGACCGACAUUGUUAUGGGCGACAUUGUGGAGAAAACUGUGGAGAGGCCAAAAGUUCAAAGUAAUGUCGGCCAAGUGGAAAACACUGCUUUUCCGAAAAUACAGAAAAUAUCCCUAAAAUCAUCUUCCUUAAACUCGGAAAGAAAAGGAAAAAGUAUAUUUGCCCAGGCUAUAUGUGGUAACCGCAAAGGACAGGAACAAGUUCCCAUGGAAAUUGAAGAAAACACAACUGAUGACAGAAUUAAUAAUUUGAAUGACUUUUAUGCCCAUGGAAGUGUUGUUGUCGAAGAUACGAAUGCAGCUUCAGAAAUACACAAAGAGAACAUAAAUAUGCUGUGCAAAAUGAAAGAAGAGGAAAUAUUGGCGGAAAGAAAGAAACUAAUGGAAUCCAUAGAUCCUGCAAUUGUAGCUUUGUUGGCUAAGAAACGUCAGGAAAAGGCUAAGCAACUCCAAACAAACGCCCCUAUUAAAGCAUCCCAGCCAUUAACAAAACCUGCUGCGAAUUCCCCAUCAUCUCCACCACUAGCUUCUACAGAGAGCACACUUGAGACUCUACCUUCAUCCAAUCCCGCCGUGGAGAUUCUUCAACGUUCAGCAGCCGAACAAUGGAUACAUUUUGAUGUUGUCGAAAAGGAUAAACUCGAAUGGAUGCGUGAUAUACCCUUGCAAGCGUCCAAACUUAAACCUGGAGAAAAAUUUGAAGCUCGUUUUGAUUGGAAAGGUGUUCUAUUGCCAUAUAGCAUGAAUGAUAUUGCGAGCAAUAAUAGUGAGGACAAUGAUGAUCGUGAAUUAUAUUUACAUGGCGAUGAGCCUCAUCGACCUGGAUAUACGCUGCAGGAAUUAUUUCGUUUAGCCCGUUCAAAUGUAAUGCAACAACGUGUCACCGCUUUUAGUGCCUUGGCGGGAAUGUUAAGCAUCUAUCAGCAAGGAUUCUACGAUCAAGUCUUGGAAUUGCCCAUAAGUAAAAUUUUCUUUUUGCUACGAUUUGGAUUUGAUGAUAACACACCAGCAAUGCUGGAAAUUGUGGGCAAAGCUUUGGCCUAUUUGUUUUACAAUGAAACAGAUGAGACCCUUCUGGAUUUCGUAUAUGAAAAUCCCGGUUGUCAAUGGCAGCCUUGUUUGCAAGUUUUAAACACCGAUUCUGGUGGCGACGAGGAGAUGUCUUCUAUUGAACAUUUACAAAAGCAGAUGGAACAAUUGCAGAUGUCUUUUAAGGGUAGGGCAGCUACCGUUAAGGCCAAUGUUGAAGAGAACGAAGAGGAAAGCAAGACAUCAAUGAGUGAUUUUCAAUUAGCAGAAACUGAUUUAAUCGAUUGCCUACUCAGGACCAAUAUAUUGCAGAGAAUUUAUUUUAUUUUGAAUACAGUGCGUCCAGAUAAUAGCACCGUUUCUUCUUGCUUGAAAUUGCUCAUACGCUUGGCUAGAUCUGGCAAAGAAGUGGCUAUGCAAAUAGUCAACAAUGAUGAAUUAAUGAAGUGUCUAUUUGAAAACUUUUUACCUGGUUUGGAGAAAAUUGAUACCUCCCUUCGAACCCCUCCCUUUUAUAACUAUCCUCAAUAUUUGUGCUUGAAAUUGAUGAGAAGUUUAAUAUCCUGCAAUCUAAGCAUAGCCACAAAGUUGAUGAAUAUGAAACUGAUUGAUAUUUUGGAGAAUUACCUAUUCAAUCGGGAAGACAUCAAGACUAAUCUUAUCAAAGUUCAAAUCGAAUCUUUGCGUUGCUUGAGAUGUCUGCUACUGCUGCGCAUGGAAAAUAACACUUUGCACAAGAAAUUCUUACACGCCUUUCGUUACAUGCUCGAUUGGCAUUUCAAUCAUGUCAUCUAUGAAGAGGGCGGUCCCUUCUUAAUACGUCAACAUGCGGCGGCCGUUCUAGCAACAAUCGCCAGCAUAAGCAGUCCAGUGGGUUCUGAGGUAACUACGCUGUUGGGCGACAUUUUGCAUGAUUGCAGUUGUAAUUGGUUUCAUAAAGCCACACGAUUCGGUGUGAAAGAGUUUUCGCAGGCGACUUUAUUGAGUUCGUGCCUAAACGCUGUCACUUGGUACAUACGUCACACGGACACAGCACGAUAUCAGAAUUUCAUUCAGAAAUAUUUGAGUGAAUUUAUUCAAUCGGAGAAUUUUGUUAAAUUUCUCAAUACCAUAAGCUCUUCAUCUUUAGUCCUACGUCGAUCUGUAGAUCGGCGCAAUGUUCACAAUCCAUUGCCCAAUGUUGGUGCGGUAAUAAUGAAUUCGUAUGGCCCCCAAUUAGUUAUAACGCAGACAUAUCCUAUUUUUCUUAUAACCACGGUAUGGCGAUUCAUGGAACUACUUUUGGAACGAAAUGAAAAGCAUAUAUUUGAUGCCCUACUUUCGCCCAAGACUUUGGAUCCAAUGGUGGAUUAUUUGAGAAAUUUAAGCACAAAAUGCAACAGAUACUUGGCCACAAACUUCUUUGCUAAAAUGGAAAUCAAAUUGCUAUUUAAAUUAUUAUGUUUCGAGGGUUUUAGUGAAUAUUUUAAGCCAUCGGAAAUGUUACAAAUCGUCUAUAACUUCUUGUGCUGUUUGACUGCCGAACAUAUACCCGAAGUGGAGGAACUAUUUGAAAGAGUGAUUUUCAACCGACGUUACAUAAACAUUGAUGAAGAUACUUUAAAUAAAUGGCGCAAGAUAUGCCUGGAACUAGUUUACAGUCAUUACAUUGUGGUGCCUCCUACCGAAUUAACCUUAUUUCUGCCCUUCAGUCAAGUUCCCAUUCUACCUCCGGAUUGGCCCUAUUUCCAAUUGAAAAUAAUUUUACAAAAUUAUGUGGAAAAUGUUCAGCAAAAGAAAUCUGCUGCUGACUUUUCAGAACGAGAAAUUUUACAGAUGACCUUGAAUUUUGUAACCCAAUUGGAGGAUUGUAAUGAGCAAUUGGAAAUUGUUUCCCCCACGGAAAAGUUAAUGUAUUUAAUGAUAGCCUUCAUGGGUCCAGAAUCUCAAUUUUUGGAUAGAGAAAUGAAUCAAUUAUUGCGUCAGCAUCUCAAGAAAUUCUAUCAACAAUGUGAAAAUGUUGAAUUUCUUUUCGACAAGGAAUAUCAGGGGAAAUGCAAGUUUGAAAACCUUUAUGUGCUAUUUGUGGAUCAUUUUCAAGCUGCCAGUUAUGGUGAUGAGUUAUUUAGUUCCUUGCUUAUGAUACCUCUGGCACAGAAAUAUGACAAUAAAUGGCGAAGAAGGGUAUGGUCUGAUUGUGCUUCUGCCCUUAGGUUUCUUGAUUGCAGUGAAGAAUUGCUGAUUGGAGGCUUAAACGCAUAUCUCUAUCCUUGCGAGGAGGAAGCAUCAUUAGUUAAGUUGUACAAUGAAGCGUUGAAUAUGAACUUGGUUCGUCCCAACAGUGUUCCUUACAAAAUAGCACGACAUCAUGUGGAUAAGUUCAAAGAACGCUUUACAAAAUGAAUAUUUCCAUAGAAGUAAGGAAUUUA